GGGCAGCCUAGGGUCUCGGUGGCUGUCGGGCGGAGGACUCAGCGGGGUCACCAAGGGCCAUGGCGGAGGCGGGUCCGGUAACGAUGACUUUUGAUGAUGUGGCCUUAUACUUUUCGGAGCAAGAGUGGGAGAUCCUGGAGAAGUGGCAGAAGGAAAUGUAUCAGCAAGUGAUGAAGACCAAUUAUGAGACUCUUGAUUCGCUGGGUGGCAUUUUCUCCAAGCCGAAUUUGAUCACCUGGAUAGAACAAGGGAGAAUGCUCUUAAUCAGAGACCGGGGACCCUUGGAGAAAAACAUGACUUUUAGCCCUUCUACUGAUGAGCAGUGGGACUUGCAGAAGACUGGAAAGUUGCUGUAUUUUGGUGACCAAGGAACUCUCGGGGCAAAAGAGGAGGAAGGCCAUUUAAAUGGUCUAAAGCAGGGUUCAUGUGCUACCUUAGCAGGGCAUGAAAGAAAGAUCUUAUCAGAUCAAAGAGCUGCGUUACAGCAUCCAAGUCUCCAAGAAAUAGGGAUUGUACAUAGGAAACUCGACCUCGGAGCAUCUGGUCAGGAUAAGAACAAUCCAGGGCAUAAGCGGACAGGUACUCCAGACCACCUGGAAAUUCCACCAGGACCCAGAUUUUAUUCCUGCUUUGUCUGUGGGAAGGUCUUUCAGCUAAAGAGGGACUUGGUAAAGCACAAAAGAAGCCACUCGAAGAGCCAGCCCUGUAAAUACUCCAAGUACAAAAACAAAUCCAGAGGGAACCCCGAGCUCAGAUGGCACCGGAUGAUCCUACGUAAGAAGCAGCGUUUCCAGUGUGGCAAGUGCGAGAAGAGCUACUGUCUCAGAUGCACCCUGGUCACUCACCACUGGGUCGUUCACUCGGGGCAGCAGCGCUAUCCAUGCCCCGAGUGUGACAAGACCUUCCAGUGUAAAGCCACUUUGAAGAAGCAUCUGCGUUUGCACAAAAGGGAGAAGCCAUUUUCCUGUGAGCAGUGUGGCAAGGGUUUCAUCCAGCGACGCAAGCUCACGGAGCACCACAGGGUGCACACUGGGGAGAAGCCUUUCCAGUGUCCGGAGUGCCACAGAAGCUUCCGCCUACAGAGGAGUUUGAAGGCCCAUCUUUGCCAACACAACGAGAAGAAGCCCUUCCAUUGUCCAGAAUGUGGCAGAAGCUUCUCCCGGAAGGCUGCCGUGAAGGCCCACCAGAGAACGCACAGUGGAGAGAAGCCGUUCUCUUGUGACGAGUGUGGUAGGAAGUUCACACACAAGACGAAACUCACUGAACAUAUCAGAGUCCAUACCGGAGAGAAGCCCUUCCAGUGUCCUGAGUGUAAGAAAAGUUUCCGCCUGAAGAGAAGCCUGAAAGCCCAUCUGUUUCAGCACAGUGGGAAGAAGCCCUUCCAGUGUCCCGAGUGUGACCGGAGCUUCUCUUGGAAGAAUGCCAUGAAGGCCCAUCAGCGUUUACAUAGUGAGGAGAAGCCAUUCUCCUGUGGCGAGUGUGGCAAGAGGUUCACCCGGCCCUCUAAGCUCACUCGCCACGGCAGAGUGCACAGCAGGCGAAAGGAAUUCUCCUGUGGUGAAUGCAAAAAGACCUUUCCUCGGCAGUCGAGGCUCACGGAGCACCUCAAAGUCCACAGCAGAGAAAAGCCCUUCUCGUGUUCUGAGUGCCCCCGGAGCUUUAGCCGACACUCGCACCUCACUGAGCACAUGAGACUUCACAGUGGGGAGGAUCCUUUCCAGUGUCCCGAGUGUGACAAGAGCUUCUUCUGGAAGGCCUCCAUGAAAUUCCACCAGCGGAUACACAGGGACGAGAAGCCCUUUGCUUGCGGUGAGUGCGGUAAGACCUACACUCAACGGUCUCAGCUCACGGAACACCAGAGAAUCCACAGUGGAGAGAAACCCUUCCAGUGUCCUGAGUGCCACAAAAGUUUCCGUCUCAAAGGAAAUCUGAAAAGCCACCUGCUCCAGCACAGUGACAAAAAGCCAUUCUCCUGCGUUAAAUGUGGCAAAAGUUUCACUCAGCAGUACAGGCUCACCGAACACAUUCGAGUCCAUAGUGGGGAGAAGCCUUUCCAGUGUCCCGAGUGUGACAAGAGCUACUGCAUAAGGGGAAGCUUGAAGGUCCAUUUGCAUACGCAUAGUGGAGAGAAGCCCUUCAGGUGCUCGGAAUGUGGCAAGGGGUUCCUCCAGAAGAGAAGUCUGAAGACCCAUCUGCACCAUCACAGAGGGGAGAGGCCUUUUUCUUGUGAUGAAUGUGGAAGGAGCUUUACGUACAUGGGGGCCCUCAACACUCAUGUUGGAGUACAUGCCAAGGAGGAGCCCUUCGGUGUCUAGGUCAGGCGGUGCAGAAAGGAGGCGACAGCUUUCAGGUGGAACUAGCAGCUCGUGGAUCCACAGCAUAAGCUGGAUGAGGAAUUCACAACAUGUGGGCCUCAGAUACGCUGGCCAGCUGCGCAGCAGGGAGGGCGUGCUGGCUGCUUGACAGAGACUCCCAUGGUCCAGACAUCCCCGCUCCGUAAUCCCCAUGGGCCAGGCCUGCCAGUCAGGGAAGGAGCAUUUUCUCUCCACUUUCUGUUCCCAGGCCUCCUUACUUAAAUUUGUGUUGAGAUUUUCAGUGUUCUCACAGUGAAUUUUCAUUUUCUCCCGCGUGCUGAGAGAGCAUCUAUGUUUCAGCAGGAUUUCUCUCUAUUGCCAAAAAUAAAUGUCCUCUCCCAUCUCCUUCGUUAACAGUGGUGCACAUACAUGUCAUUUCCCCUUUGGAUUAAUUUAAAUCACCUAAAAGUCCAUGAUUGCAAAUCACAAAGUCUUAUAUCUAACCCCUCUGCAUUUUCAACAGUGUAUGUCAAUUCGCCAAGAAACAGACUUGCCUUAAUAUUGGGGUCUCUUAGGUAAAUACCAAAGGGAAAAAUACUGCCAGUCCAGGACAUCUCUCCAUUUUUUUGUUCUGUGGCUUAAUCUAUCAUCAUAAGGUGAUUUUCCAGCCAGUUCUAGCAAACCUUUGUCUGUCUUUUGGACUGUCUUUUAAUAUCAUUCCUACAAAAAUGUAUAGAUUAGCUUCCUUAGGGAAUCCUUGGGGCCUAUGUAAAUUUUCCAUUUUUGUAGUAUGUGGUGGUCACAGAUUACCUGACUCGGCCGGAACCAAGGGCACCCCACAAAUCAGCGUUUGUACAAAAAGGAGAGAUGCCACCUCCGGUUGGUCCAUCCCUGUAGGUGCAAGCAUCUGUGAAUCAGUGGUGUCUUUGUGCGAAGAAAAAGACACUUUCCCUAACCCAUGCCAGAGCACGUGUGGGCUGGAUGUCCACCCUGGCUGGCCUCUUCACCAGCGUACCUCAGGACAACUCUGUGCGUGCGUGGGAGACAUGUUGAAAAUACAGGCCCUGCGGACCCUCCCCAGAGGUACUGAGAGACAGUCUUUUCAAGUGAAGUUGUUUGAAAAGUUUCAGAACAUAUGAUGUAGUGAGUGGCGAAACCGGAAGAGGGAAAGCUCUGUUUGAAAGCAUUUUAGUCAUCCUGUGAAGUUAAGGUUAGGUCUUUUCCUUUAAGCCUUUUCUCUCCUCUGUUUUGUAAUAAAGCUGCUCAUGAUGAA